AUGGAGGUCAGAGCCAGAGCACCCGGAAAAAUCAUACUCGCCGGAGAACACGCCGUGGUUCAUGGAUCCACCGCCGUAGCCGCCGCGAUCGAUCUGUAUACCUACGUCUCUCUUCGCUUCCCCACUCCAUCCGAUAAUGAUGAUGCGAUAAAGCUUCAUCUCAAGGAUCUGGCCUUAGAACUUUCCUGGCCAGUUGGGAAAAUCAUGGAAGUUCUGCCUGAUCUAGGCAGCCGUAUUGCUUCCUCUCCUUGUUCUUGUUCCCUAGAGACGUCAAAAGCAAUUGCUUCUCUUCUCGAAGAUCAAAAUAUUCCCGAGGCCAAUAUUGGAAUCGCAUCCGGCGUUUCAGCUUUUCUUUGGCUGUACACGUCCAUUCAUGGCAAUAAGCCAGCUAAAAUUGUUGUCACAUCGGAGCUGCCAUUAGGCUCGGGUUUGGGUUCGUCUGCCGCCUUUUGCGUCGCACUUUCUGCCGCACUCCUUGCCCUAUCUGAUUCUGCAAAACUGGAUUUUAGCCAUCAAGGUUGGCAGAUGUUUGGAGACAGUGAGUUGGAGCUUGUGAAUAAAUGGGCUUUUGAAGGUGAAAAGAUCAUCCAUGGGAAGCCAUCUGGGAUAGACAAUACAGUUAGUACCUAUGGGAACAUGAUAAAAUUUAGGUCUGGUGACCUCACGCGCAUAAAGACAAAUAUGCCUCUUAAAAUGCUGAUAUCUAAUACGAAAGUCGGAAGAAAUACAAAAGCGUUGGUAGCCAGCGUCUCAGAAAGGACACUGAGGCAUUCAACAGCAAUGGCUUCUGUGUUUAAUGCCGUUGACUCCAUAAGCAAUGAGUUAGCUGCCAUAAUCCAAUCACCAGUUUCUGAUGAUCUUGCAAUCACUGAGAAAGAGGAAAAAAUAGGAGAACUAAUGGAGAUGAAUCAAGGGCUACUGCAGUGCAUGGGGGUCAGCCACGCAUCAAUCGAGACUGUGAUUAGAACUACGCUAAAAUAUAAACUAUCUACUAAACUCACAGGAGCUGGUGGAGGAGGCUGCGUUUUGACGCUACUUCCAACCUUAUUAUCAGGAACGGUUGUCGAUAAAGUUAUUGCAGAUCUGGAUUCGUGUGGGUUCCACUGUUUGAUUGCGGGAAUUGGUGGAAGAGGCAUGGAGAUUAGUUUCAGUGGUUUUUCCUAA